GUUCAUCCCCAGCCAUCCCCGAAGUCUCCCCACUCCCUCUCUCCUCGCCGCCACUCAAGAUGAAGGUCCUCGCCGCACUGUUGUGCCUGGCCGCCGCCGCCUCCGCCAGGAUGGCCUACAGGUUCUCAGACGGCUACCUGGACAUCCUUGGCGCCGAGCCCGUCCAGAAUUUUGACUGCACGGGCCGUAACUAUGGCUACUAUGCCGACGUGGCCGCCAGCUGCCAGGUGUUCCACGUGUGCCUGCCCAUUCCUGACGAGACGGGUGAGGUGACGGACAUGGCGCACUUCUCCUUCUUCUGCGGCAACGGCACAGUGUUCAACCAGGAGUCCCUCACGUGCGCCCACCCUGACUACGCCUUCCCCUGCGCCGAGGCUGAGACUCUCUACGAGCUUACCAACGGAGACUUCGGCCGCAUCCCAGACAACGCCGUGUGAUAGGCACUCCUCAUGUCCCCCUCCCUCCCCUCCCGCCUGUGCUGUCCCUCGCGUCUCCCAGUGUCCACCGCUCAGACAACCUAUAAUAAAGACCUAUUUUUUAUGUACCUGUGCCGUUUU